AAAUGCAGCAGGGAGCGUUUCCUUUUUUUUUUUUUUUUAAACUUCUUUGGAAACUUGAUGGAGAGGCUUCUGAGUGUUUAUUCCCCUUAAAGGAAAAGAAUCUUAGAAUGGUUCAGUUGGGAGAGAUCUUCAAAGAUCAUAGAGUCCAACUGCCGGGCCGCUUCGUUAAUGCCAAAAGUUGAAGCCCAUUAUUAAGGGCAUUGUUGAAAUGCCUCUGGAACACUGGCAGGCGUGGGAUGUCAACCAGCUCACCAGGAAUCCUGUACCACGGCUUGACCACCCUCAGGAUAACAAAGCUUUUCCUAAUGUGCAGUCUGAGCGCGGCUCUGUAGGAAGACAGCAGAUUCUGACUUCUAAGUUGCACAGUAAAUAGAGAUAUUUUCUUUUCUCUGUUUUAAAAUGUCGUUGUAAUGCUAAGUCAGUUUUGCACAGCACGCUAUGCCUGCUGAAAGAAUACAGAAAUUGUUUGUAAACAUAGCUUUGAGGUUAGGAUUACAGUCUUUCAUUUUACUGUUUCUGCUUUGAUUUCUUUUGGUGCCCAAGGAGCAGGAGUUUGAGCUGUUAAGCAACGUUUUGACCCUUUCAUUUUCCCAGUGAGAAGAAGGGAAUUGCUGCACCGUGACAGAGAAGAAACAAGAUAGGCAGUGGGCUCGCAGCAACAAGAGGGAAGCAGAAGGCAAACAGGUGCCUGCAUGUGCCAGGUAUGUGCUUGGGCAGGCUGUACCCCCAUGGCAGGUUCAGCUCUGGGGGAGGCUGAGGUUCUGGAGGGGAGGAGAGGGUUCUGCUGCUUUGUCUUUCCUUGUAAGCCUGGCUACGUUGGGCCAGGAUCAAAGUGACGUGUGGCCAGCUGGGUGAAAUGGUUACUUGAUGUGUUGCUAACUUGUGUCAUCUGUCCCAUCAUCCCGGUCUGCAAAAUAGUUCCUCUGCUCUAGUACAGGCUUAAAUCUGAAGCAUGAGAAGAGAGAUCUGUAGUAGGCAAGAAAGGAGCCAAGAAUCUAGACUGAGAUUAUGAAGGAAGAGGGAAAGGGGUAAGAUGGGAGAAAGGCAUUGCUGCCUUUUGGCAUCGUGCUACCAGUUGGUGUUCUUACUGGUCGCAGGACAGCAGCGGGUUGAAAGAGGCAUGGAGAUGGCACAGCAAUAGUAAAUGCUCCUUUAAAAAGCAAAAGACAAAUACAGCUGUUAGCUAUUCAGCCUGGAGAACUUUGCGCGAUGUUUCUUAACAAUUGAUCUCUCACAAAUAAGAGUGAAAGGUCUUUGGGAAAUUAGAUGGGGAGCUCCAUGUUUUCCGUGGGUUUUCUGCCACCUCCCAAAGUGGAGCUCUGUACCUUGCAGCAGUGUUGGUUCAGAAAAGGAAAGAUCUUGCUGAGUCUGGUUUAAAACUUUAAACACGGGGCAGCAGCUGAGACAGGUUAAUGCUAAAACUAAUGGGCUUUAUGUAAUCCUCCUAACUGAAAUGUCAGCUCACAUUUCUCAACUGACCUACAAAAGCAGGAGAUGUUUUUUCUUUCCAUUAAAUGGGCUCUUCUGGUUGCAGUUUUUUCUGCAGUAUUCAGGGUCAGUGUGAACGCAGGCUUCUCAUGACACUGAAACUGGUAACAGUAUUCCUAGGAUUACUUGAAUCCACUGCAACGUUUGGUGAUCAGUUCUGAGAGCUCUGGCUGUGAAAAUUACCAAAUUUGCAAAAUGUUCUCUCUCUUUGGGCAGUAGGGGAAAACUGCAUGCUAUAAUCCAUGAUUGUUGACUGUUUCAGAGCAAGGUGUAAUGAAUCAAGUCUCAGUUUCUCAAGGUUUUCCAUCACAGUGCUGUAUCAGUAUCUUUUUCCUUUGAUUGGGUCUCUUAGCGUGGACCCUUUUAGAAAAUAUCUAAUGGCUUUAUGCAGUCUUGGCCAUCAUUUUCAAAUGGACACAAUUCACUUUUUUGCUCUGGAUAGCUAUUUCUGGUUAGUCUCUAAAUGAAGAUGUUUUUUCUCAGUCAGUUUCCUAUGAUUGAAUAAUUUAUUUGCUUCCUUUAGAAUACAGAGGAGUUGAUGUGCUGUUCUCCCUAUUUAUUCCUUUUUAGCGAAGCCUCAGGAAAUGCUUCAUAACAAAUUUGACCACUUUUAUUUUCUUACUUUUUUUGUGCACGCUGUCACUUAAUUUUUUCCUGGCAGGUAGCGUGCUAAUCCAGCUGGGAGACUGGUAUUUGAGUUGGCAGCUGGUCUCAUGAGCAGGCUUUUCAUGCAGCUGGAUUUUCAUGGAAAAUUGAUUUUGUAAACCUGCCAUUAUUCUGGGCAAAGUAAGGACACGAGCUUGCAGGGAGCAUAAGCCCUCUACUCGUUCUUACGCUUUGUAAAAUCUGGGGGUUCUACCCCAUUUAUCAACGCUGCCAUGAUACAGCCAAGUAGAACUGUAUUUGCAGUGUUUCCUUUUGCACAGGUUUAAUAUGUUCUGAACUAAUACAAACAGCCACUGGGGAUAGCUUCCAUCUGAGCAGACAACAGGUUUAUUCAGUGGAACUGGUUGACUUGGCUAAAACUGGAGCAAACUCUUAGUGCAGCCAGUGCUGGGGGACUCUUCCCAUUUCAUAAAGUAUUUUAAAAUCACCUUCUUUUUUGCAGUUAAAGAAAGGUGGAUGUUCCCUUGCCAUCCCUGACAUGAAUUGCCCUUGGGUUAUCCUGUCAAGCAGAACACUGGGGUUUGUAAUCGCUGCAGAAAAGAGCACGCUGUUAUCCCUCAGAGGAGGCUUCUUUCUCCAGGUAGGGUGGGAGUUAGAGUGCCAUGGAGGUACUCUGCACUGAGUGCUGCAUUGUUACACCAAGGGUAAGGAAUUCCACGCCCCUCCCAGGGAGCUUCACAGAAUGGAAAACUCACAGCAUGGUCAAAAGGUUCCUUUUCUGGAAACAUCAUUAAUAUCUGCAGCAGUAUGUGAAGCACUGCAUCAGUGCCUGGAAGACUGGAUUCCCAGGCCUGUCUAGAUAAGGGAAAUUCCUUGCAGUGGAGCAGGGUUAUCUCUUAAGUCUUCAGUGUUAAUUAGCCCUCCCUUUGCAAACUCUUCCUUUACCCGUGAAAUAACGGUGCUGUUUUUUUCUGGUACAGAUGCCCUUUCCUCCUACUAGUGCCAAAACCGAACUCAGUUGUGGGGAUUUGUUGCUGAUUGCUUUUGUCAAGGCUGUCUGUUUAUAAUUUACUUUUCCAAUGUGGUUUUCAGUCUUUGGGUGGCAUUUUCACCCUGAGUUCAGGACUUCAUGGUCUAGAGCUUUUUCCUCCAUUCCCUCCCCUGUACUGCUUCUGUAUUGCAGUGCAAAAGUAUCUCUUUCAGAGUUUCUAAAGCACAUCCUUUGGAAGCGUGGCCAGAACUCCACAUUUUACAGACAGCAUCAGACUGUGGGAGUAGAGGGAAGGAGAGAGCUUGUCUAAAGACAGUCAUGAAAAUAACCCAUCACUUUUUUUUAUCUUCUUCCCACUAGUCUGUUCUGUUCCCAUGAUUUGAAGAAGAUGGCUCCAUCCACAAAUGGAUUACAACUGAUGAACGUAGCCUACCAAAGGGCAACAAGAGAAAUACCCCCACAGCCCAGGGAAGUAAUUCUUAUUCCUUUAUGGACGCACUCUAUUGUCUGUACAUCAAGAAAAAAUUCUCUUUCAUUUCCUUCUUGGAGUUCUAAUCACUACCUGGCCAAGCCUGGGAUGCUGAGCUCCUAACUGGGGUCAAGACCACGUCUCUUUGGUAACGCGGGGUCGGGCCAGCUCAGGCACUUCUGAAAGCUGCAGCUUCAGAUUGACACUUGAGCAAAGUAUUCCGUUUCCUUUGCCAGCUGGAGCAAGCCCUUGUUUUCAGCUCAUUCGCUAUUCAGCAGAGCAUGGAUUUUUCUAGGAAUAUCAGCUGAUUGCAAGGGGCUGCGCGAUAGAAAGAAGGUGAAUACCUGGGGACUAAAAGAGCAUUCUCAUUCUUCUCCUCCCUGGGGAGCAUUGCUUCCUGCUACAGCAGAUACAGCCCUUUCUAGCUUGUGACCUGCUGAAAAAGUACAACUUCUAACUGCCAUUCCCACAGGAACCACGCAGGAAUUUCUUUUUCCGAGUUGUGAGAUGAAGGGAUAAAUAUUUAAGUUCUUUUUAAAAUCAGAGCUAUAUGAGGAUUCGCUAAUUCUUUUCACAUGGGCCACCAAGGAGCCAAUAUGUGGUAAAUCACAUUCAGCUGUGUGCAUUCCCCCCUCCCCUGCCUGUGGCCUGGGUUUGGACCCGUGCCCUGGAGAUGAAACAGUGGAGCUCUCGGUCCAAGUCACCAGACGUGGUAAGGUCCUUCCUUCUGUCUUCCCCACCCCUGUGUAGGAGCUCUCUGUUGAGGAGAGGGGAAGCUGGUGGGAGCACUUUGUUCCAGUGCUGGAUAAAAUGCACUAUCACAGCAACUGAGAUUGAAGAGUAAACUGAGACUGCAGUGCCUUAACAAGGGAAAUGUGGUGUGUUGUGCAAAUUAUCUGCUCCUUUGGGGUCUCUAGCUGACUGUUGUGGGUUUUUUGCAACAUUUGUUCCCUUUUGACAGCCACCUAGAAAUGGCUUUUUUGUGUGACAUUAUUGCAUGCAGAGAUCUUAAGAUUGUCAUCCUUGAUUGUGUAGAAAAUCCCAGCUUUCUAAACAAUGAUAUCUAGGUCCUUGUUGCUGCUUCUGACAGCAUGGAGAUAAACCAAAGCCUGUUCUGUCCCUUGCCUUCCUCUCUUGUUCCCCAUUACACCAUAUGGAUUUCCUCACACUGUAAUGUGUUCCACUGCAUUUAGACACUGUGCAGAAAAGAAAGCCAGGAAUGUUUUUUCUGACCAAAUAUAGUCAGGCUGACAGUUCUUGCCUGCAGUCCAAACCAAAUAUCCAUACUUGAGGACCUGGGACUAGCAAGAUUCAGGAGAACUCUAAAGUCACAGCAGUGCUUUUCCGCUCUUGAAUAAAAGUAGUCCUUUCAGGGGUCAGGCUGCCUGAUAAAUCAUGGAGAAUAUUUUCAGCUCUUGGAAGAGCCAGAGUUUGCACUGCCCUCGUGCCCUUUGCAUGGAGCAACAGUGGCUCCUAGGAAGCAUCUGAAAGAGGCUUCAGAAAUGAGACUCUCAAGAAUGUACUUCUAUUAAAGUUCUAGAUCCUAACUUCUGGGGGAGGUCUGAACCGAGACAUCUACUUUAUAAAAAUAUCGUGCUUCCUUUACAGUGAGACAAAGGAAAUUCUUAGGUCCCUCAGGGUACAUGGUUGUGUGAGUUCUCAAUCUGUGUUCUAAUCCUCAGGUGUCGUCAUCAGAAGCAGUAAGGCACUAACUGGGUGCUUGGGAGACCUGGCUUCAGGUUCCAGCUCAGCAAGAUUCCAUGCUUGACCUCAGGGAAGCAGUGCUAUGGUCUUAGCCUAUAAGAUGCAGAUAAUAGCAGUAUAUAAUAACAGCAGUAUAAUAAUGAUCCAACCCCACUUCAAGGCUGAUGUGAGGCAAAAUGCUCAGACGCUCUGGCGAGAGGAGAGGGCGUAUGUGACAGAGCAUAAGAAAGAAGAGCUUCCUCUCAGAGGACAAUAAGAAAAGCAAUGGCUAUAGAACCGUUGUGGGAUUCCUAUGCAUAUUCCCCGUGGUGGCUUUGCUGGCUAUUGCAGGAGAUCCAGCUGGAGCUGCAGUUCAGGAAAGUCAGAUACCACAUCACCUGGGCUUCGUGAAGUGAGUGCCUCUGCUCUGCACAGCCCAGCCUUCCCACCUCGGCCUCCAGCACGGAGAAAGCGAUACACGAUCACGCCUGGCCACCUGAAAUGGGACCACUUCAACCUGACCUACAAAAUCCUGUCCUUCCCAAGAAACCUCAUCAACGCCAGGGACACGCGCAAGGGACUAGCAGCUGCAUUCCGAAUGUGGAGUGAAGUUUCACCAUUCAGCUUCAGAGAAGUGCCACGCCACGUACCUAGUGACCUGAAAAUAGGCUUCUACUCUAUCAAUCACACAGACUGUCUGGAGUCUCUCAUUCACCACUGCUUUGAUGGAACAACGGGGGAACUUGCCCAUGCCUUCUUCCCACCCAACGGGGAAAUCCAUUUUGAUGACCAUGAAUACUGGAUAUUAGGAAAUACCCGGUUCAGCUGGAAAAAAGGUGUUUGGCUUACAGAUCUGGUACACGUAGCAGCUCACGAAAUAGGACAUGCCUUAGGACUCAUGCACUCCCAAAACCCAAAUGCUCUCAUGCACAUCAAUGCUACUUUGACUGGGAAAAAGACCAUCUCUCAAGAUGAAGUCUGGGGAAUUCACAGACUUUACGGAUGCAAAGACAGAUUGUUUAUGUGCCCACUGUGGGCGCGAAAAGGUUUCUGCGAGAAACGCGAGAAGUUGAUGAAAAAGCACUGUCCAUUCACCUGUGACUUCUGCUAUGAAUUCCCGUUUCCAACAGUUCCUCCUACUCUGCCACCACCAAGGACAAAAACCAAGACUGUUUCUGAAGGCAGGAAUGUCACCUUCCGCUGUGGCCAGAAGAUCAUCCAUAAGAAAGGCAAAGUUUACUGGUAUAAAGAUAAGGAGCUUCUGGAAUACUCAUAUCCAGGUUACUUAUCCUUAAAUGAGGAUCACAUGAGCAUCAUUGCAAAUGCAAUUAAUGAAGGAACUUACACUUGUAUAGUAAAGAAAAAAGAAAGAAUCUUGACCACUUAUUCCUGGAGGAUCAGACUGAGACAUUAACAAGGGCUCUGGAACGAGAACUUCUCUGUUUCAAAUUGACAAUGUUUCUUUAGCAUUUUGUAUUUAAACUCUAGUAGUGCAAAGGAACUCCUAAAUCAGCUGCUUCCAUACCUUGAGCAAGAGAGACUCUGGGACUUUGUUACUGGAAAAAUGAACUUUUCCAAAUUAGUUUUAAAGGUAAAGAAUUCAUCAAGCAUGCGCUGUACAGAGAAUUAAAACAAAAAAGAUUUAAAAAAAUCAAAUGUAGGAUUUUGCAGUUAACCUGGAUCAGUGAAAAACAAGAACAUAACCCUUCAGCAAACAAAUGGAUGAACAGACUGAUGCCUCAGCUAUAUUGCAAUGGAAUCAGAGGUAUUGAGGAAAGAGAAUGACCAGUAAAUGCGCUGUAA